AUGCGGGCCGGUAUCCCCCCGUGUCCCCCUUCCCGGGGGGCAUCGCCUCCAGCCCGGGCCGGCCGUGACCCCCCGGCGGGGCCCGGCGCCGCCGGCGCGAACCCGACACCGCGGCGGUUUCAGAAGAUGCCGCCGUCCUUGCCUGCCACCAUCAACAUCCGGGAGCCCCGCUGGGACCAGAGCACCUUUCAGGGCCGGGCCAAGCACUUCUUCAUGGUGACUGAUCCCCGAAACCUGCUGCUCUCAGGGGCUACACUGGAGGAAGCCCGGCGGGUGGUGGAGGACUACAGGGCAGGCACCGUGCAGCCUGGGCUGACAGAGGACCAGCUUUGGCGGGCAAAGUACAUCUAUGACUCGGCUUUCCACCCUGACACGGGCGAGAAGAUGAUCCUUGUGGGACGCAUGUCUGCUCAGGUCCCCAUGAACAUGACCAUCACUGGUUGCAUGUUGACCUUCUACAGGACCACACCGGCUGUGCUGUUCUGGCAGUGGGUCAACCAGUCCUUCAAUGCCAUUGUCAACUACACCAACCGCAGCGGGGAUGCACCCAUCACCCCCAGCCAGCUGGGGACAGCCUAUGUGAGCGCAACCACGGGGGCAGUUGUCACAGCAUUGGGGCUCAAAUCUCUCACCAAGCAUUUGCCAGCCCUCAUUGGCCGGUACGUGCCUUUUGCGGCUGUGGCAGCUGCCAACUGCAUCAACAUCCCACUGAUGAGGCAGAGAGAGCUCAAGCUGGGGAUCCCUGUCACAGAUGAGAAUGGGAACCGCCUGGGCGAAUCCACAGCAGCAGCCCAGAAGGCCAUUUUCCAGGUGGUGGUGUCCCGCAUUGGCAUGGCAGCACCAGCCAUGGCCAUUCCACCAGUGAUCAUGAACAUGCUGGAGAAGAGAGCUUUCCUGAAGCGGUACCCGUACCUGAACGCUCCCCUGCAGGUCGGCCUGGUGGGACUCUGUUUGGUGUUCGCCACCCCUUUGUGCUGCGCACUCUUCCCACAGAAAAGCUCAAUGCCUGUGAGCAGCCUAGAGCCUGAAGUCCAAGAUCAGAUCCGCAAGAAAGAUCCGUGGCUGGAGACUGUCUACUUCAACAAAGGGCUCUGAGUGUGUCCCUGGGGUGGCCGAGCUGUGCCCCAGGGAGCUGCCGGGCCAGCCCAUUGCUGAGCUUUGCCCUUUGGAUCCCCUUGGGGCUGCCGCCGCUCUCCCAUGGCCGUGUGUGUCCAUAGGUCCCAGGUGCUCAGCCCUGCUUCCCAGGGUGCCUGCAGCCUGCAGCACCACGCCAAACCCUGUCCCUGUGCCCGGCUCAGCCCUGCUCUGGGGACCUCCUGGUGCAGUCCUUACUGCGUGU